AUGUGGAACGAUCGCCGCAAUGCCGAUUUCGAGAUUCGUUGCGGCACCGAGAAGUUCAAGGUUCACAAGGCUGUUCUUCGCGCUCACUCAGAUGUGCUCGCCAAAACGUGCGACAACUACUCGUUCCAGGAAGCGCUCACCGGCAUCCUAGAACUCAAGGCAGAUCCCUACAUAGGCAACAUCGACAACCUCGGCGACGGAGACGAUCCCGAGAUUGUCAGCGAGAUGAUCCACUACUUCUACCACCUUGAGCUCUCACCAAAGGCCAACGCGUUUAUGCCCCGAGAGAGUCGUGACGUCCAUGGGGAACCAUCUCUCAUCUACCUCGCCAGGAUCUACGUGCUCGCAGAAAAGUUUUUCUGCGAGGGACUCAAGGCAAAGGUCAUGUCCGGACUCCGGGAAAGUCUUGAACGCGAGAUCUCCCAGAGCGAGCUUGCCGAGGCCUGUCGAAUCAUCUUCAAGAAGACUGUGGAGCCAGCUGGCGAGAGGGGCCUGAAGACUACAGUCGCGAAGUGCCUUGCCGACGAAUUAGAGAAGAUCAAAAUCUCCGAAAGCCACGAUGACUUGCUCCAGGAAAUCCCGGAAUUGGCAUUCCUCGUCUUGAAAGAGAUCCCUAAGCCUUAUAAUGGCCGAAGCCGCGGCAACUUUUGUUGCAAUUGCGGUCGCGUAGUACAGUCAUGGUAA